UUUCUGACUUGAUUUUUUUUACUGUCAAACUACUCUUCAACGCGCUUUCAUUCAUUUCCCCUUUUCUUCUUAUAUACAUGCAAAUAAAUUCACUUCAUUAUUAGUAUUAAUUGAAGUUCCUCACUUUACACAUUACAUUUUCUGAAAUUAAUCUGUUCAUUGGUCUGUGUCUAAUUAUCUCUGCAUAAUAUACAGUUUUCUCCUUCAGCUGUGGGAGGAAAUUAACAUGGGGGCACCGUUCGAGGGAAUUGUUCAAGAUGUUAAAGGAAGAGCUAAAUGCUAUAAGCAAGAUUGGGUUUGUGCAAUCUGUUCUGGUGUUAGCAUAUUGGCUCCGACUUUCUACAUAUUCUUUGCUUCUGCACUUCCUGUUAUUGCAUUUGGAGAGCAACUUAGUAGGGAUACAAAUGGAAGCUUGAGCACGGUCGAAACAUUAGCAUCUACUGCUAUUUGUGGAAUUAUCCACUCGAUUAUAGGUGGCCAACCUUUGUUGAUUUUAGGAGUUGCGGAACCGACUGUUAUAAUGUAUACUUAUCUCUACAAUUUCUGCAAAAAUACACCUGAUUUGGGUGCUGAGCUCUUUUUAGCUUGGGCUGGUUGGGUUUGUGUUUGGACGGCGUUAAUGUUAAUUUUGCUUGCAAUUUUUAAUGCUUGCAAUAUUAUCACUAGAUUUACAAGAAUUGCUGGGGAGUUAUUUGGCAUGCUUAUCACUGUUCUUUUCUUUCAAGAGGCUAUAAAGGGACUGAUAGGCGAGUUCAGCAAUCCCAAAGUUGAAGAUCCUUCGUCGGAGCAAAUUCAAUGGCAGUAUACAAAUGGAUUACUUGCAGUCAUUUUCUCUCUAGGACUAAUUGUCUCUGCACUUAAAAGCAGAAGAGCAAGAACAUGGAGAUAUGGAACAAGGAAGCUACGAGGCUUUAUUGCAGAUUAUGGGGUUCCAUUGAUGGUAGUGUUGUGGACUGCAGUAUCUUAUAUAAAGCCUAGCACCGUUCCACAUGAUGUUCCUAGAAGGUUGUUUUGUCCCCUUCCCUGGGAACCCGCAUCUCUUUAUCACUGGACAGUGGUGAAGGAUAUGUGGAAGGUACCUGUGGCUUAUAUAUUUGGGGCAAUUGUUCCAGCUUCGAUGAUAGCGGGUUUAUACUUUUUCGAUCAUAGUGUGGCUUCUAAGAUGGCACAACAGAAAGAAUUCAACCUUCAAAAACCAUCUGCCUACCAUUAUGAUGUUUUCCUACUUGGAAUAAUGACUUUGAUUUGCGGUCUCCUUGGCCUUCCUCCUUCAAACGGAGUCCUUCCACAGUCCCCCAUGCAUACAAAGAGUUUGGCAGUUCUUAAGAGGCAGCUGAUCCGAAAGAAGGUUGUGAAAAGCGCCAAGGAAUGCAUGGAACAACACAGUACCAGCUCUGAGUUAUAUGGAAAAAUGCAAGCCGUGUUCGUUGAAAUGGAUACAGCCCCUAGCGUUAAAGAAUUGGAGACUUUGAAAGAAGCUGUAAUGAAAUCUGAUACCAAGGCUGGUGCAAUGGAACCUUUUGAUCCUGAGAAAUACAUAGACGCUAAUUUACCGGUCCGGGUUAAUGAACAAAGAAUGACCAACUUAUUGCAGUCCCUCCUGGUUGGCCUGUCGAUAAUAGGCAUCUCCGUUAUCAAGAAGAUACCAACUUCAGUUUUAUGGGGUUAUUUUGCUUACAUGGCCAUUGAUAGUCUUCCAGGGAAUCAGUUCUGGGAAAGGCUAUUGCUCCUCUUCAUCGCCCCGAGCCGACGUUUCAAAAUUUUGCAAGAAUCGCAUGCCUCAUUCGUAGAGACAGUACCAUUCAAAACCAUAGCUGGAUUUACAGCCUUACAGUUCGCGUAUUUUCUGUUCUGUUUUGGGGUCACAUGGAUACCGGUUGGUGGAAUUUUGUUUCCACUACCGUUCUUCCUUCUCAUAGUUCUACGAGAACACGUUCUACCAAACGUAUUCAAUCCUAACGAUCUUCAGGAACUAGAUGCUUCUGAAUACGAGGAAGUUAUCGGUGCUCCGCGUGGAAUACGUAGCAUGUCACUAAAGGAUACGGAACCAUGUGGUAGUGAUACUGAUGGAAGCACGGAAGAUUACUAUGAUGCAGAGAUUUUGGACGAGAUGACAACCAGCAGGGGAGAGUUGAAACUUAGAACUGUAAGCUUCAAUGAUCGAAACCGCAGUAACAGCUUCAACGAUCGAAACCAAAGCAACAGCUUCAAUGAUCGAAACCAAAGCAACAGCUUCAAUGAAGGCAGACACAUUUAGGUUUGACCUGGAUACAAUGUCUGAAAGUUAACAGUUUCUUAGGAUGCAGAAAUUGUUUGAUUUUUUUUUAGUAUGACUCUGAAGAGGACUGCUCUCAAGAUUCUUUUGUAAUCAGUUAAGCUUGAAGAGAUGAUCUUCUUUGGAACAAGACAGGAUUCAAUAGGGGAAAGAGAAGAAUUGCAAAAAGGAAAAAUUCAUUUGUGCUUUGAAAUGUUAGUAGGAAAGUGUUACAAUGAAAUAUUGAAAUCAAGGGUCAAUCUUAAAUUCACCAGAGUUAGGUUGGGGUGGAGGGAAAAGAUAGUAUGAGAGUGAAAGGGAAAAAAAAGAAAGGGUGAAAAAUGUAUUAUGCUUUUUUUGAAGCUAACAUAUAGAUUCAUUUUAUUCUUCAACAAUUUUUUGUUAACAAUUGUUCUUUUGAUUGGAUACAAGAGUUUGUGAAGAUA